GGGGGUUUGCUGCUGCUUCCGGUUUCUUGACACUUCUCUCAAUCCGGGAUGAUACGGAACGGGCACAGCGGCUCCACCCCAGAGCGGGAUCCCGGGCGCAGGCCGAUUCGGGUGUGGUGCGAUGGCUGCUAUGACAUGGUGCAUUAUGGGCAUUCCAACCAACUACGCCAAGCACGGGCCAUGGGGGAUUACCUGAUUGUCGGGGUGCAUACAGAUGAGGAAAUUUCCCGUCACAAAGGUCCCCCGGUCUUCACUCAAGAAGAGAGAUACAAGAUGGUGCGGGCGAUCAAAUGGGUGGAUGAGAUAGUCCCCGGGGCUCCGUACGUAACCACUUUGGACACCCUGGACAAGCACAACUGUGACUUCUGCGUCCAUGGAAACGACAUCACUCUGACAGUAGAUGGUAAGGAUACCUACGAAGAGGUGAAGAAGGCUGGACGAUACAGGGAGUGUCAGCGCACACAGGGAGUCUCCACAACAGACCUGGUGGGACGGAUGUUGCUCAUGACUAAGGCUCAUCACAGUAUAGAAGCCACGUUAGAUUAUCAGCAGCACAGAGACAAUUUUGGGAAGGACCCUCGGGGCCGCAGUCCUUGGACAGGGGUGUCUCAGUUCCUCCAGACCUCACAAAAGAUUAUGCAGUUUGCCUCCGGGAAGGAUCCUGAGCCUGGAGAUACCAUCAUUUAUGUUGCUGGAGCCUUUGAUCUUUUUCAUAUCGGACAUAUAGAUUUUCUCGAGAAGGUGCACAGUUUGGCUUCCAAACCUUACGUCAUUGCGGGGCUCCAUUUCGACCAGGAGGUCAACCACUACAAGAGAAAGAAUUAUCCCAUCAUGAACAUCCAUGAGAGGACACUGAGUGUCCUGGCCUGCAGGUACGUCUCUGAGGUAGUCAUUGGGGCUCCAUAUUCUGUGACUGCAGACCUGAUCGAUCAUUUUAAGGUUGACAUUGUUUGUCACGGAAAGACAGAAGUUCUGCCUGAUAAGGAUGGAUCUGACCCAUAUGGAGAACCCAAAAGGCGUGGAAUAUUCCGGACAGUGGACAGCGGGAACAACCUGACCACGGAUGACAUCGUUCAGAGAAUAAUAAAGAACAGGUUGGAGUACGAGGCUCGAAACCAGAAGAAGGAAGCCAAGGAGCUUGCGGUCUACGAAGCCCAACAGAGACAGGAAAGGAUUAUUGAAGGGGAAGAGCAAUAAGGCCCUGGUACGAUCCGGGAGGUGCAAGAGCCAGAAGCCCCUCGCUCAUUACCUGUAGACCCUGCCCUCCGCCGGUCAGCGACUAUCAGCACAACUAAACUGCACCAGGCACCUGUACCUCGAAAUGCCCUUUAAUCAGGGUCCUUGCACCAAACCCUGUAUCAGGAUGCCCCACCAUUAACAAGUCUCGCCCUCCAUCCUGACCCAUCGUCCCAACUCACAGGGACUGGGAUGUCUUAUUAGCUGCUGCUGCCCACCUAACACCCCCCCCCAACAGUCAUUACUAGGGGGGUCCCGAACUGGCAACUUGUGACUACGUGAUUUUAAGCAACCCCCCCCCCCGGGCUCACCGGAGACCCGUCUUAUGUAUGCGUUUUAAAUUAAAGAGUUCUAAUUGGU